AGCCUUUCCCCGCCCUCUUCUCACCCCAUGGGUAUAUAAAUGCAGCUGUUUGCACACCCAGCCAGCAGAAGCUCCCUCAGCGAGGACACCAGGGCACCAGCCAGGAGAGAGAGAAGCAACUGCAGACCCCCUGGAAAUAACCUCUCAGACGACACACCCCCAGACAAGCAGCCAGGCGAUUCUUUCCCUCUAAUACACACUGCCCCAGGGCUCUACCAUCUCCCAGCUGGACCCGAGCCCCUCUGGGAAGAACGCCAUGAGCACUGAAAGCAUGAUCCGGGACGUGGAGCUGGCCGAGGAGGCACUCCCUAAGAAGGCAGGGGGCCCCCAGGGCUCCAGAAGGUUCUUGUGCCUCAGCCUCUUCUCCUUCCUCCUCGUUGCAGGAGCCACCACGCUCUUCUGCCUGUUGCACUUCGGAGUGAUCGGCCCCCAGAGGGAAGAGCUCCCAGAUGGCCUCCAACUAAUCAACCCUCUGGCCCAGACAGUCAAAUCAUCUUCUCGAACUCCAAGUGACAAGCCUGUAGCUCAUGUUGUAGCAAACCCCGAAGCUGAGGGGCAACUCCAGUGGCUGAGCCGGCGUGCCAAUGCCCUCCUGGCCAAUGGUGUGGAGCUGACAGAUAACCAGCUAAUAGUGCCAUCAGACGGGCUGUACCUCAUCUACUCCCAGGUCCUCUUCAAGGGCCAAGGAUGCCGUUCCACCCAUGUGCUCCUCACCCACACCAUCAGCCGCUUCGCCGUCUCCUACCAGACCAAGGUCAACCUCCUCUCUGCCAUCAAGAGCCCUUGCCAAAGGGAGACCCCAGAGGGGACUGAGGCCAAGCCCUGGUACGAGCCCAUCUACCUGGGAGGGGUCUUCCAACUGGAGAAGGGUGAUCGACUCAGCGCUGAGAUCAACCUGCCUGACUAUCUCGACUUUGCCGAGUCCGGGCAGGUCUACUUUGGAAUCAUUGCCCUGUGAGGGGGCGGGACAUCCAUCCUUGCCCAUCUCAACCCCUUUAUUAUCUACUCCCUCUGACCCCCCUCAUCCCCUUCUGGCUUAGAAAGAGAAUUAGGGGCUCAGGGCUGGGCCCCAAGCUUAGAACUUUAAACAACAA